AUGCAGCAAAUUGCUCAGAGCCAUGCUGCUCAAGAGAGUGCUGUCAGAGCACAAAACGAACGAAACGCAGCGCAAGAGGAACGAAUUCAACGACUCGAAGCACUGCUUCAGAAUAUGACCACCGGUAGUGGAUCGACACCGGAACAGCCAAGGAUCGAUGCCGAACCGGAGCAUCGAGAGAAGACAGAAGUCCAUCGUCCAAGGGCACGCCUCCCGGACCCAGCGAUGUUUUCUGGAAGCACGUCAGAAUGGCCAUCAUGGCGCAUGGAGAACAAGAUUAACGUGGACGGUCAAGCGAUUAGAAGCCCCCAAGACCAGUUCGCCGAGCAGGGGUUGGCAAGUGAGAAGCCAAAAUUGGAUUUAGCGUCUUUCAGGUUAGGUGUUCUGGCUUUGGAUGUCGUUUUGGGCCUGGAGCUCAUUCUGACAGUGUUUCACUUCUUUCAGUUCGGCGUGGGUGGCUUGAAUGAGUGUAGUUUGCUAAACAAUGUCCAUGUUGUCGUUGGUUCAAGGUUUUCCGGCGCGUCAAUCCUUGCUUCUCUCCGCGCGUCUGAGCUAGCAAAGGGUUCGGGAGGCCCCGUGGGUGGUGGGUCCGCCAUUCCUCUCGGCACGGAGUCCCAACUCACGACCGGCUAA